AUGACUGUCGACAGCCGUAAAAAGGUGCAGCCCAACGAGGACGGUGAAGACGUCGCCAAACAAGACCCGCCCCUCGAUACCUCAUUCGUGUUGUGUCCGACCGCGGUGGACAGUCGUCUCCAAGUUCUUUCUGCGAAUAUGCGUCUCCAGGUCCAAAUCGGAACUGAGUGUAUCGUUGUGCCGUGCAAGCCCGAAGAUACCGUUCAUGCGGUGAGUCCCCUUGCAGAUCCUUUAGCAGCAAAGAUCUCUUGCUCAGGUGGCUAAGAGAUCGGUCGAAAAGUUGCGAAGACUUCGUCCGAAGCUUCCAUUAGCCAAUGAGUACUACGAAGUCCGUCGUACCGUUGGAAACUCGCUUCUGGAUCCGGAGGAUCUUGUCGCCGAUGUUCUCAAGGACAGUGAUUUCAUCAUCGUUGGUGUGUCUUCUGACUGUUUUUAUGGCACCUGGCAGUUCAAACUGUAUUUCAGCCGCCAACAUCGAAGAGACUGAAGAAGCGAAGGAGGCCAAGAAGCAAGAGGAGAUCGAUAAUGCUAAGGCCGAGCUUGAGAAGCUCGAUAACCGCAAGAGAAAGGUCUCUUUCGUGUUCGACACUCUGGCUCCAAUGAUCUUGGCUGCUCCGAGCAAGCUUCUCAUCUUGGACGGCAACAGCUUGCUCCCGGAGGAUCUUGUGAAAUGCGAGAAAGGGGAAUGUGCGAUUCAACUGUCAAUGGAAGCCGAAGACCGUAUCAAGAAAGGAAGACUGUUCCUGGAGAAGAUUGCCUCUGAACAUCGAGGUGUGUAAUAGAUAGUUGAUCAUAAAAUGCGCUCAGUUUCAGCCGUUUAUGGAGUGACCACCGGGUUCGGAACAUUCUCGAAUGUUCUCAUCCCACCUGAGAAACUGAAGCAACUUCAACUCAACCUGAUCCGUUCCCAUGCAACCGGAUACGGAGAACCUCUCGCUCCGAACCGCGCGCGUAUGCUUUUGGCUCUUCGCAUCAACAUUCUUGCGAAGGGAUACAGUGGAAUUUCGUUGGGAAACAUCAAAAAAAUGAUUGCUGCUUUCAAUGGUACACUGAUUCAAUGGAACAAUUGUGUGAAUGCCACUUUUCAGCGUUUUGUGUGUCGUUUGUUCCUCAGCAAGGAACCGUCGGUUGCUCUGGAGAUCUGUGUCCACUGGCUCAUUUAGCUUUGGGACUUCUUGGAGAAGGGAAAAUGUGGUCUCCAUCCACUGGAUGGCAACCAGCUGAUCUUGUUCUCCGGAAAAACAACCUUGAGCCUCUUGAGUUGGGCCCAAAGGAGGGUCUUGCGCUCAUCAAUGGAACGCAGAUGGUCACUGCUCUCGGAGCUUACAGUAGGCUUCAGUAGAUCCUUCUUUAUGUAAUAAAAGAUUUCAGCUCUGGAAAGAGCACACAACAUUGCUCGUCAAGCGGACGUAAUUGCCGCUCUGUCCCUGGAUGUUCUAAAAGGAACAACAAGGGCAUACGACCCUGAUAUACACAGAAUCCGUCCGCAUCCAGGACAGAACUUGUCUGCUCUCCGUCUCCGUGCUUUGUUGCACUCCGAAGCGAAUCCAUCUCAAAUCGCCGGUUCUUAAAUACCUUUCUCUUUCAGCUCAUUCGGGGUGUUUUCAGAGUCGCACCGUAACUGCAGAAAGGUGCAAGAUGCGUACACCCUGAGAUGUGUUCCGCAAGUUCACGGUGUCGUGCAUGACACCAUUGAGUUCGUCCGUGCGAUCAUUACCACUGAGAUGAACUCGGCCACCGACAACCCGUUGGUGUUCGCUGACCGCGAGGAGAUUAUCAGCGGAGGAAACUUUCACGGAGAGUAUCCGGCUAAGGCCCUCGAUUUUCUGGCCAUCGCCGUCGCUGAGUUGGCUCAGAUGAGCGAGCGCCGUCUCGAGAGACUGGUCAACAAGGAACUCAGUGGACUUCCGACUUUCCUGACUCCGGACGGAGGACUCAACUCUGGUUUCAUGACCGUUCAGCUCUGCGCUGCUAGUCUGGGUCAGUCCACUCUAUAAUAUGACCACCUAUGAUUUUAUUCAGUGUCCGAGAACAAAGUUCUGUGCCAUCCAUCGUCGGUCGACAGCAUUCCGACCAGCUGCAACCAGGUGUAAAACUAUAAAUUUCUAUUAAUGUACCGGAAUAUUGCAGGAGGAUCACGUGAGCAUGGGUGGAUUUGCUGCUCGCAAGGCUCUUACCGUGGUUGAGCACGUUGAAGCCGUUCUCGCAAUGGAACUCUUGGCGGCUUGCCAGGGAAUCGAGUUCCUUAAGCCUCUUAUGUCGACCGCUCCACUCCACAAAGUGUACCAGCUCGUGCGCACCGUUGCUCCGUUGGUUUUGUAGAUUCUGUCAAUGCGGCAAGCAAUACUUUCAGACCACUUAACGAAGACCGUUACAUGAAGCCCGAGAUCGAUGCCGUCCUCGAAAUGAUCCGCGAUAAUCGUAUCUGGGAGACUGUUCUUCCGCAUUUGGAGACUCUGGAGGCUAUGGAGGAACUGGACCCGGACGCGCUUCGUCAAUUCACCAAGACUCCAACCGGAAUUGUGCAGGACCGCUCCAUCAUCGCCUUCACCGACGAUGAGGAAAGCGAGGAAAGUGAGGAGUAA